AUGGCUGCUCAACAGCCACGGGCAGGCCUAUCCUUAUACGCCAACCUUCUCGAUCCCGAAGGCGACUCAUCUACUUCCAUAUCUCGAGGUCCGGUAGUAUCGCAAGAAGCGCUUGAUGCAGUGAAAGAGCAAGAAGCUUCCAAAAAGCCUAUUGACCCUGCUCUUCGCUUUCAGCCACAUCCACAGAUUCGCCGGCCCCAGCCGAAAACUCAGAGGCCUAAAGCCAGCUUCCCAAAAGCGCCCCCUCUUCCCAAUACAUCCAAUGUCUCUGGCGCAGGCGCAGCUCCGGCUCCAACAAAGAGUAGGCUAGCCGACUGGGUACCUACUGAAGAAGACGAGUAUAUGUAUGCGACUGUUGAGAAGAGAGCACGAGGUGGGCGUAAGAAGAAAAAGAAGAAGGCUGAGGAUGUGCCCAUUGAGACGGACUGGGAUGAGAUAUAUGACCCUUCGCGGCCUACAAAUGUAGACGAGUACCUGCGAAGCGAGGAGCGGGUACGUGAGGUACGAGAAUGGAAGGACUUGCUUUAUAAACAUAAGCGGCGCGAUGAUGAUGAUGAUGAGAGACGUGGUAGUUGGGAUAGCGAAGAGGAAGACUCGGCGCCAAUGCAAAAUCAAUUCGCGCCGCCAAAUUCCUACAGUUUCGCACCACCACCGCCUUCACCUCCGCGAGCUUCAUUACCAGACGACAAGACUGGCGAUGAUGCCUAUGCGCGCCGUUUAGCCAUGUCUCAGGGCAACAUACCUCCACCUCCGCGCUCGCCAACACCGCCGCCGCCUCCACCAUCAAUACCUCCUGAACCAGAGGUCGCAACGAUAUCCCGCGCACCAGUACGUUACACACAACCAGAGCCGCUUGCGCCGCCUGACCCAGACGCCAUGGACGAAGACGAGGACGAAUACGUCCCCCCCGAACCCAACUCCGAAGAAGCUCCCGAACAGCGUGGCGGUCGAUCUCGUGAGAAAGGCUUUGCCGCACGUCUCAUGGCUAAAUACGGGUGGUCCAAGGGUCAAGGUCUAGGUGCUGAGUCUAGCGGUAUCCUACAACCGCUGCGCGUCGAGGUAGAAAAGCGGAAGAAGAAGUCAGAUGCAGAAGGUGGCGGAUGGGUCGGCCCCGGCGGACGCGGGCGCAUCAUCGGCUCCAAAACUGGCGUAGUAUCCCAACCUGAGAGCAGCAUCGGUUCCAUGAGUAACGUCGUUGUUCUACGGAAUAUGUUAGAAGGCAUGGAAGAUCUCCAAGCCGAAAUAGAGUCCGGGUUAGGACAAGAGAUCGGCGAGGAGUGCGGUGAUAAGUACGGGCGCGUCGAGAGGCUGUACAUCGAUAUCGAGGGUCGGCGGUAUAUAUCAAGUUCACAGACCAAGUCUCCGCUUUAA